AUGACAGGCAAAAAUAUUGGAUUGCAAGCUAUUAUUAUUAAUGAAAUGAAAUUAAAAGAAUUGUCACCACCGCUAUUUUUUCAUUGCAUUAUUCAUCAGCAUGCACUUUGUGCCAAAAUUAUGUCGUGGGAUUCAAUAAUGAAAGAAGUAGUAUCUAUCAUCAAUUUUAUACGAAGCAAUGGACUGAAUCAUAGACAAUUUCAAAGUUUUUUGAUUGAAAUUAAUGCAGAAUAUGGCGAUGUAUUGUACUACACCGCAGUUAGAUGGUUAAGCAGAGGUCGUGUAAUUGAAAGGUUUUUCAUGUUACGUCAGGAAAUAUAUAAUUUUUUGAAAGAAAAAGGAAAGGACGCUUCCAUGCUUGAAAAUCAAACUUGGAUUUCUGAACUGGCUUUUUGUGUUGACAUAUUGAAGUAUAUAAAUGAAAUCAACAUAAAACUACAAGGUAAAAAUCAACUUAUUCCUGAUAUGUGGUUUCAUAUUAAAUCUUUUGAAAUGAAACUGAAGCUAUUACAAACUCACAUUGAAAAAAAUGAACUAACACAUUUUCCGAAUUGUAAAAAACUUUUUGAAUCGUCAGAAUUUUCAUUAUCAAGAGUUAAAUUUGUUGAAGCUAUUUCGAUACUUCAACAAGAAUUUAAUAAUCGAUUUCAAGAUUUCAAACGACAUUCUCAAUAUUUUCAACUACUCGCCAAUCCGUUUAAUAUUGAUGUUGAAGAUAUACCUGUUGAGCUUCAAAUGGAAAUAAUAGAUUUGCAGCCACAAGAUAUCUUAAAAGACUCAUUCAAAGCAUCGCCUUUACUUUUUUUCGCUGAACUUCCUGCAUCAUUUUCAAAAAUUAAAAAUAUAGCUGCGAAAUACUUCAGUAUGUUUGGAUCCACUUACGUAUGUGAACAGGCAUUUUCUCAUAUGAAAAAAAUUAAAAACCCAUACCGUUCACGCUUAACCGAUGAUCAUCUCCACCGUGUACUUAGAGCCAGCACAAGUAAUUUUAAUGUGGAAAUUGAAAAAAUAAUAAACAAUAUCCAACAACAAAAAUCACAUUAA